CUAUACGAGGGUGUCCAAAGCCAAUGCACCCUCCAUGGCGUCGGACACCCACUGCCGCCUAUGGAUCACAAGUCAGCUGCCGCGGGCGCUGCUCCCAGCCUGUUUGCCACCGGCGCCAGUCACGGCGAGCCGUUGGAGGUGGGAGAAAGUCCAGCGCGCUGUGCUACACUGCAGUCACCUGCCGCGGGCGCUGCUCCCAGCCUGUUUGCCACCGGCACCAGUCACGGCGAGCCGUUGGAGGUGGGAGAAAGUCCAGCCCGCUGUGGUACACUGCAGUCACCUGCCGCGGGCGCUGCUCCCAGCCUGUUUGCCACCGGCACCAGUCACGGCGAGCCGUUGGAGGUGGGAGAAAGUCCAGCGCGCUGUGCUACACGGCAGUCAGCUGCCGUGGGCACUGCUCCCAGCCUGUUUGCCACCGGCACCAGACACGGCGAGCCGUUGGAGGUGGGAGAAAGUCCAGCGCGCUGUGCUACACGGCAGUCAGCUGCCAUGGGCGCUGCUCCCAGCCUGUUUGCCACCAGCACCAGUCACGGCAAGCCAUUGGAGGUGGGAGAAAGUCCAGCGCGCUGUGCUACACUGCAGUCAGCUGCCGCGGGCGCGGCUCCCAGCCUGUCUGCUACUGGCGCCAGCCAGGGUGACUCGCAGGACCAGCUGGAGUCGUGGUGACGCGCCCUGCUCCUCGCAGCUGGUCCCGCUGGGCGCCGGCCGGCGCGGGCACGUGUGGCUGGUGCACAGCCGGGGCUGCAGCUACGCCCUCAAGCAGCAGGAGGCGAGUGCAGAGAGCGCGCGCGAGCUACGGGCGCUGCGCCAGGUGGCCGGACUGCCCUACGCCAACCAGCUGGUGCGCACCUACUCGCGCGGCGGCCGGCAGUGCCUGGUGCUGGAGCUGUGCGCGCGCGGCCCGCUGAGCGACGUGCUGGCCCGCGAGGCGCCCUCGCUGAGCAGGCUCGCCGCGGAGCUGAUAGUCGCGGUGCGGCAGCUGCACGCGGCCGGCCUGUGCCACAACGACCUCCACGCCGGCAACAUCCUCGUGCGGGACGACGGCCACAUCGCGCUGGCUGACCUGGGCUCCAGCUCGCGCCUCACGGAGCGCGGCGCCGAGAGGGACGCCUACAAGGUCAUGCUCGUGCUGGGAGAGGCUCUGGGGAGAGUCUGUCCAGACACCUCCGGCACGAGCGACCUCCGCAGUCUGCUCGGGCGCAUGGAGCGCUACCUGGGCGCCUGCUCCCGGAGCUCCUCCGUGGACCACUUCCUCCAGAGCCUGCAGGCGGACAGGUGCUUCAGGACUGUCGACUGGGAGGCUGUGUGGACCAGGCGGUCUGACGGGCCCUUCCGCAGCUCUCCGGCCCGUGCCUCCGUGUGAACCCCCUCCCUCAAGGAGAGUCCCCUGUUGUCGGCAACUAACCUGUGACAGGUUCUGUGAGGUUUUUACACUAAAUACUUGGUCGGAUAUCAAAUAAUACAAAUUAUGAGAGAUAUAUAUUUUUAUGCAU